AUGUCAAAUCUCUUUAUGGACCUUCGUCUCACCCACGAGCAGCCCACGCCCGAAAACACCCUCCCGGUGCUGGAGUAUAGGGCAUUUUCUCCCGAGCGGUUCUCUGUGGAGGAUGAGGACAAACAUGUGGUUUACAGUGGAGGAUCCGGCUAUUUAGUGACGGUUAUGAAAAACGACCCCACCACCACCAUCUCUAUAAAUCCAGCAAUCGUGCCUAUUUUUCAGGAACAAGUAGACCUAUACGUUCUUAAUAGCUGUUUGCUUUUGUGGUCCGCCACCCACAAGUUUGGAGUGGAAGUUCCUUAUCAAAAAAUUGUUCUUCAUGCUUUGCAACACCAACAAGACCAAGAUGUACUAUACCUCCAAUUGCGACCAGGAGAACAAUUGAACGCCAAAACCGAGUCAGACUAUGAACCGUACAUUGAAAUAACCAUAAAAUCCCUGGAACCCCAUCUGGGCUUGGCUAUUUGUCCUCCAGGAACAGAUACCAUACCUGCGAUAUACGACGGUAUGGCUCAAUGUUCUGCUUUACAUGCCGACGAGGACGAGUCUACAGAGGAAGAUAAUGGUAACGAGCUAGCCACUGAUAUCAUUCUCAACCAGCUGGUGCUGUCUAGUGCAGAUGACUUGGACAUUGACUUGGAAGCAGAUUCGGCCGAACAUCCUGUGGUGGCCGGCAUGAGUGUGGAUGUAGGAUAUGCUUCGAUUGCUGGCAGACGAAAAAGAGACGACCAAGAUAACCACCCAGCGAAGCGUCGACUGUAA